GUGUGAUUUUGCAGAUUCAGUUCAGCCGAUCUUGCUUCCACACUGUUGUCAGUACUGCAGGGGGAUGCAUGGCAUGCAUGCCAGACAGCGACUUAGCAUCACAUGCCCUUUGCCAGAUCUUGUAACGCCAGCUGGUAGAUCAGGUUCAAAGGCGGGAAUUAACGGCAACGUAUCAUGGGUGACGGUCUUGAAAUGCAUCACUCAACAAUGAUAGCAUUUUGUCCAUUCAUGUGCCAGCUUCUUGGGAGUGGUUUUAGAUCUGCCAGAACAGCUGAUCUCUUGUCACUGUUGUCAGUGAUAAUGCAGAGCAUUAGCCACGUCGCAGCUGCAAUUUUCUGUGCACGGAGCAUCUGCUCAAGGUGCAGGUACCGAGUAUGGUGAGCUCAGUUCAUUUGACUUACUUCGGAAACAUUCUGAGUUCCAAUCUUCGUCUUCCACAGAAAAGCACACGUUUCACAUGACGCUGCUGCAAUAUUGGUCCGAGUUCAAAUCUUCGUCUUCGACAGAAAAGCACACGUUUCACGUUGACUUCCAGAUGCCAUCUGAGGCAAUCACUAAAAAAUGACAAUGUUAUGCUGAAGGAGCAGACGGUGUUCUUCGACACGGUGUUUUGAACCCACUUCAACAUUGCAACGAUGCAGUAUUUUUUUGAUGUUUUUGUUAUCCCCUUCCGGAAGAAGUUGAAUGCUCAACGACCAGCUUGAUUGGAUGGCACGAGCCUGCAGAGCUCGAAGUUCUAGUCCAGAAUUCAGAAUCAAAAGUUAUCAACUUAAUAAAGUGUCGUGAGGGACAAUGAUGACAAUAGAGACUUUACGGACGGGUGCGACUGCUACAUUGAGAGAGUGAUCAGUGUACAACACUAUAAACGGCGGCACGAACCCGCCUGAAGCAUCGGAACUGCCUGAGUCACGUUGAUCUGGCAGUCCUGCCAUCUGCACCAAGCUGAAGUUGGUGGGCAAGUUAGGGGUCAUAACCGCAUCAAGAACACUGGUCGAGAAACCGUUCAUGGAUCUUGAGCAUUCAUGAUGAAAGUAUAGAGGAGGGUUUGUGGCAGUCUUCACUUGGUGUUAGUUGGUGAAUAUAGCUUUUGCAAAUGUCUCCUUCAGAAUCUAAAGUGUGCGCAAAACUUGGGGCGGACCUCGUUGAUGCGGGGCUGCAGAAUGUGACAGGGCUGAAUUCCACGCUAGUCGCUAGUGCUAUUUGUGGCUAUGUCGGGGACCAUUUUGACCGCUACAUUGGGCCAAGUAUCAAUGUCUCCUUCAUUCUCUUUUCAGCAUACUUAGUUUUUUUCAUGCAGGCAGGAUUUGCCAUGCUUUGUGCCGGAUCAGUGCGUCAGAAGAACACCAUCAACAUUCUGCUUAAGAACCUUCUAGAUGCAUGUGUCGGUUGCAUUGCAUGGUACUUCUUUGGCUUUGCCUUUGCCUAUGGAGAAGGGACUUCGAAUGGUUUCAUUGGAUCAGAUGGUUUUGCCCUUCACGACUACAACAACUAUGGCUACUGGUUAUUUCAGUGGACAUUUGCAGCAACAGCAGCAACAAUCGUAAGUGGGGCAAUGGCGGAGCGGUCGUCAUUCGUUUCCUACUUGGGUUACGCUUUCAUGCUCAGCGCAUUUGUGUACCCGGUGGCAGUGCAUUGGGUAUGGAGCCCAAGUGGAUGGCUUUCCUAUUCUGGAAAGAGUCCAACCGAUCCAACAUUCGGAGGAGUAGGGGCCAUAGACUAUUCAGGAUGCGGGGUUGUUCACUUGGUUGGGGGUAGUGCUGCCCUCUGGGGUGCAUACCUUGUUGGACCACGGAUUGGGCGAUUUGAUGCAAACGGAGCGGCAUUGGAAAUAAGGGGUCAUUCCGCAUCUCUGGUAGUACUUGGAACAUUUCUCCUUUGGUUCGGCUGGUAUGGAUUCAACCCUGGUUCAGCUAUAAGCAUUGUAGGGAUGGAACACGUGGUUGAGCGAAUAGCAGUUGUGACAACAAUUGGGGCAGCAUCAGGGGGUUUAAGCGCUCUUUUCCUUAAACGACUAAUUUCGGCCACAUGGGAUGUCAUGAGUGUCUGCAAUGGUACGUUAGGGGGGCUGAUCUCUGUCACAGCUGGUUGUGCCGUGAUUGAACCAUGGGAGGCAUUCGUUAUCGGUAGCAUGGCCGGACCUGUAUACUUGCUGGCUAGCUGGUUGCUCCUGAAGGCGAUGAUUGAUGAUCCAGUUGAUGCAGCCCCUCUACACGGUGGAUGUGGGACUUGGGGUUUAGUAGCUGUUGGGCUAUUUGCAGGCAAAGAGAAGAUGGUGACUUCGCUUGCUCCCCGAGAACAGGUCAAGUACUAUGGAGCAUUCCAUGGGGGUGGUGGUAGGCUACUUGGCGUGCAACUACUCUAUGUGGUGGUCAUCAUCGGUUGGGUCACGUUGACAAUUGGUCCUUUCUUUGCGGUCCUCAGUUAUAUGGGAAUCCUCCGUGUUCCAGUAGAUGUGGAAACUAGUGGUCAAGACAUGACUAAACAUGGCGGACCUGCCUACCACGUUGGUGGUGCAAGAUCAAUGACUGUGCAAAUGGAGCCGCUUUUAAGAGCGCUCAAAGGUGGAAGUGUUUCUUGGAGAGCGUCUUUGCGAUCACCUCUCAGCAUGUUGAAAAAGAAAAACAGUGAUAUCAGAAUCGAGGAUUCCGAAGCUUCUGGGAAAAAUGGAGGGAAAGAAAUCAUUGGUCAAGAUAAACAGGGAGUGAAAACCAUCAAUGCUGCAUUGGGAAUUGCGGCAGUGAGGUUUCAGGAAGGAAACACCAGUGAAGCUGUAUGAUAGACUGCACGAGGGGCACCCAUAAUGUCCAUUCCUCCGUCUUCCUGGAGCCUCCCACAUUGCCAGAGCGAGAUUCUGACAUUUCCCUGGCCUCAUUUUUUUCUUCAUCAUCAUCCCUUGCUACAAUUUUUUCACCUUUCCACCUGCUUCUGCGUGUGGUUCUCAUUCCUAUUUGAUGUUGAUUAGCUUAGCACCGACGGUGUGGGCGGUGCGGGAAAUGCCUGCACGAAACAAAUGGGAAAGUUCUGACAAACUGUUCAUUUAUGCAAUUUGAACGAAGUGAGCAAACUUUCAAAACCAAAUAUGUUGCAAAAAAGAGAAGAAAUAUUUUGCUUUGAAGGGGUUAGAAUUUCGCAACAAAUAAGUAAGGACAAU